GCGGUAUCAUCGUGGUGGCAGCGACACUCGGAGACUCCCGACAAAUUGUUUAAAAAAUUGUCAGAAAACGCUCCCUCCAGAACCAGAACCAUGGCAGAGCUGGACCUGAGUCUGAGUGAUGCUCUGACGGACAGCGUGCUCCAGGCGGGCCCAGAGGGCCUGGUGGAGAGAGACUUUGUGGCCCAGCUGGAGUCUGAGGCCUUUGACGACCAGGUGGGCGAGACGGUAGGCAAGACAGACUACAUCCCCCUGCUGGACAACGACGGGACCAGGGCAGGUUCUAAAGUGACACCGGGGGGACAGAUAUCAGCGUCGCGCCCAGAAUCACAGGGGGAAGUGCGUCCCAACUCGGCAGAGCACCAGGUCUUUGCAGCAACAGACUUCCUCUCAGGCUCCAUGGCGGGCGUCCCUGAUCAGUGGAGCUCCCAGCCCAACAACCCACCCCAGAUGAUGUCUGGUGGACUGAUAGGAGAUUCCUCAGGUUUCUCCCAGCCUGCCAUGGGGGUGAAUAUGGACAUGGGGACGGGGAUGACUCCACUAUCGGCAGAGAGGCCUCCCAGCAUCGCUGAGCACCAGAAGCCCAAGGACAUGUCUGCAGGUGCCCAGGGCGAUGGCUGGCCAGACGAGGCUUGCAUUCCCACCGACCUGCCGUUCACCCCAAGCGUCUCCACAGUGAUCAGUCGCCAUGCCAGCCACCUGGCGGCCAGCCCCGAAGACCCCCCUGACAGUGGCUGGCCCCACCAAGAGGCCAAGGCCAUGGGGGAGGAGAGGGAGAGCAACGAGAAAAACGACUGCAAACAACAGCAGAAGAAGAAGAAGAAGAGGAGGCCCCGAGACGAGGUGUGUGACAGGGGCCAACCGGAGGCUCAGGCUGAGAACACACUCCUGUCAGAGGGCCACCACAGGGUCUCCCCCUGCAAGGACAGGGACAGGAUGGAGGGGGGCUGGGAGCAGGAAGAGCCAGGGAGACGUGGAGGCAGGGGAAAGAGGGGCAAGAGCAGGAAGAAGCUUCCAGAAGAGUGGGGGUUUACCGCCGAGCUCCCUGAGGGGGUGUUAGACCAACUAGUGCCCCCCAUCGCCCAGCCCCUGGAGAACCCCUACUCUAGCAUAGGUAACAUGGGGCUGAUCCCUGCCAGUGAGGACUUCUACCCAGACGAGGGCCUCUUCCCUCCAUCUCUCACCCAGGAUCUGCUCUCUCUCAUGGCCCCCACCUCCCCUCCACCGGCCAUGGGCUGUGAUGUCCUGCCCACCCUCCCCGUCUCCAUGCCCACCAGUCAGGGAGACUUUUCACCCAAAGGCACCUUCCCCAUGGCCCCGCAUCCUGGAGACCCAUUCACCGCCAGCUACCAAGACCUGCUCAUGGAUACAGAGACCGCCAGCCUGGGCAAUAACAAAGAGGCCUUCUCCCCAACUUUUUCCCUAGAUUCCCCAGUUCAUAAGUCAGGGGUCAAAGUGAUGUUUGAUCAUGAGACCUCAAUGCAGGAUGUCCAUAUGAAAGAUGCCAUGAGUUUUAGCCCCACACACCAACCAGAUUGUGGCCUAUCACCAUUGGAGAAGCCCAGUGAGCUCACAGCGACCGCACCCCCUUUCUCCCCCUCCGACAGCUCCUGGCUCAUCCUCGACUCCCACUGCAACAACAACAACGACUCCUUUGAGUUCAGUGACAUCACUCCAGGGCGCCCCCUACCUGUGGGCUUGGCCUUCGACACACCCAGCCCAGUCCCCCUCCACUCCCCCAAAACCAUACCUGAAUUCUACCCCAGCGGGGGCAAAGAGGCCAAAUCCCCAUCACAGAAGAUACCCAAGAAGUCCCGCUCCUCUUCCUCCCCCUCUCUCACCAAAAGCCCCACCUCCCCAGGGUCCGGCCUGAACCCCGCCGCCAAGCCCUUCUUCCCCAGCUUCGCCGACCCCACGGAGCCCCUCACCGUGGUGGUGGCCCCCAUGUCUGAAGUCAAAUCCGAGAAGAUGGACAAACCAGAGAAAGAGGAGAAUAUGGACAACUUUGAGAAGUUGGACCAAUUUCAGAUGUUAGAUAAGCUAGACAAAGUGGAGAAGAAGGAUACGACUGCGAAGACUGAGGCGUCAGUGAAGGUGGAGUACACAGAACCACUGGACAAAGGAGAGAAGGUGGAUCAAAUGGACAAGGCAGAGAAAACAGAAAAGCUGGAGCCAACAGAUAAGGCAGAAAAGACAGAAGAAGAAGAAGAAGAAGAAGAAGAAGAAGAAGAAGAAGAAGAAGAAGAAGAAGAAGAAGAAGAAGAAGAAGAAGAAGAAGAAGAAAAACCAGAGAUGAUGGAUAAAAUGGACAAGAAGACUGACAAGGUAGAGAAGACGGACAAGGUAGAGAAGACGGACAAGGUAGAGAAGACUGACAAGGUAGAGAAGACGGACAAGGUAGAGAAGACUGACAAGGUAGAGAAGACUGACAAGGUAGAGAAGACUGACAAGGUAGAGAAGACUGACAAGGUAGAGAAGACGGACAAGGUAGAGAAGACUGACAAGGUAGAGAAGACUGACAAGGUAGAGAAGAUGGACAAGGUAGAGAAGACUGACAAGGUAGAGAAGACGGACAAGGUAGAGAAGACUGACAAGGUAGAGAAGAUGGACAAGGUAGAGAAGACGGACAAGGUAGAGAAGAUGGACAAGGUGCAAAAGACAGACAAAGAAGAAAAACCAGAGAAGAUGGACAAGGACGAGAAGACUGGAAAGGUAGAGAAGGUGGACAAGGUGGAAAAGCCUGGGAAGACAGAACAGGAAGAAGUGGAGAAGGCACCAGAGAAACAGGAGACGUCGGUGAAGUCGAACACAUUUGACCAUAUGGAAACACAGUCUGACAGGGAGAAGACAGACCAUGUUGGAAAGGUAACAGUAACAGCUGAGAAAGAAACAGACAGAGCAGAGAAGCCCACAGACAAGGUGGAGGAAGAGAAGAAGCCAGAGAAAACAGACAAGGUGGUGGUGGAGGAGGAGAAGGAGGAGGAGAAAACAGACAAGGUGGAGGAAGAGAAGAAGCCAGAGAAAACAAACAAGGUGGUGGAGGAGGAGGAGAAGGAGGAGGAGAAAACAGACAAGGUGGAGGAGGAGAAGAAGAAGCCAGAGAAAACAGACAAGGUGGAGGAGCAGAAAUCGGAGAAAAAAGAGCUGAAAAGUCCUGAGAGGAAAACGGACAAGAUAGCAGAGAUAGCUGAUAAGGCCAAAAAAACUGCAAGUAAACCUUCGACCAAUGGGAGCGGUGCCGCACCAAGCCGGGACCUGCCCAGUCCAGACAAGAAGACCAAGCCUGUCGCCGGGGCAACCAAACCGAGCGCUGCUAAGCCGCGGCCGAGUCCCCCUAAACGCCCCACCCCUUCCACCCCUUCCUCCACCUCAGCCAACCUUGGCAAAAAAACGCCCAUGCCCAAGGCCCCCACCCCCACCGCUGGCCACAAGCGGCCCUUGUCCGCAGCCAGCCGCCCCGCGUCCGCAGCCACCACCUCCACCACUGCACCCUGUGAGGUCAAGCCCAAGACCACAGAGAGACGUCCUCUAGUGCCAAAGGCGGCCGCCACCUCCAAGGCUCAAACUGCUGCCCCCAAAAACGGCACUGCUACCACGGCAACCAGUAAACCAGCCACGGCUACCCGCGCCACCACAAGCGCACCCACAACCAGACGCCCUCUGGCCUCAAAGACUGACAGCAAGCCAGGAGAGGAAAAGAAGCCAGCAACAGCUGACUCAACCCUGCCCCGGACCAGCACCACUCGCAGCUCCAUAGCUAGCACCACCAACGCCACCCCCCGUGUCCGCCCCACCACCACCAAACCAGCCACCGCCCCCUCCUCCUCCACAGUACCAGAGAAGAAGCCCCCUGGGCCCAGGGUCCCCCGUCCCACCUCUACCACCACCUCGGGCAGUGCCAGCGCCUCGGGGACCACCUCCCGCCCAAGCACAGCCCCCGCACCAGACAUCCGCAACGUGCGCUCCAAGAUCGGCUCCACGGACAACAUGAAGUACCAGCCCGGAGGGGGGAAGGUCUCUGGCAGGAGCGACGCCCUGGGCCAAGGCUCCUCCUCCAAAGAGACCAGCCAGGUCAAAGUUCAGAUAGUCUCCAAAAAGCUGGACUUCAGCCACGUCACCUCACGCCUGGGUUCUAAGGACAAUAUCAAGCAUGUUCCUGGUGGAGGGAAGGUUCAGAUACUCAACAAAAAGGUGGACCUAAGCAAAGUGACAUCAAAGUGUGGUUCCAAGGCCAACAUCAAACACAAGCCUGGGGGCGGCGAUGUGAAGAUCGAGUCCCAGAAAGUGAACUUCAAGGAUAAGGCUAAGUCCAAAGUGGGCUCAAUGGACAACCUGUGUCACGAGCCAGGCGGUGGCAACAUCAAGGCUGAGGGUGCCCAGGAGAUAGCAGAGGGGAAUGGGGUUCCCCCCAGUGAUACCCCAACCCUAGCCCCAGUCUCAGCCACGGUGCCAGGGCAGGCAAACAGCCCCGCCCAGGAGAAUGGGGUGAAGGAGGGCGUCCCGUGCCAGGGCCUCCAUUACCCCCAGGGCCUGGACUCACGUAUCCCUGAGACAAAUUGAGUCUUUCAAGCUCAACUUCCGCGAGAACGCCUGAUCUCGCACGGACCACGGCGCCGACAUCAUAACCUGGCCAGCCUCGGACGACAGCCCCUCACACCUGCAACCCAGCGUCUCUCUCAAUGACUCCCAGGCCUCCGCCAGCUACCCCUGCUGCCCCCGGCCCCCUCACUCCUCCCCCUGCUGGGGCAUGGGGGCAACGGCACACUAGCAGGACUCAGGUCAUGACCCUCAACCCCACUCCCCACAUCCAAACACCUCUCCCUUCCUAUGAUCUCAUUCAUGUGUCAUGUUAUUACGUCUACCCCUGCGCUACCUACCUACCUACCGCUGUCCUGUUCUCAUUGGCUGAGCUGACAUUGUGCAUACAGUAGACCAAGCUUCAGGCAGGGUGGGAUAACAUUGGGAGGGGAACGGAAGCUUGCCAUGUUCUCUCCGAUUUCUCUGGUUGUGCUAACCUUGUAUUAACGUGCUCUGAGGACUCUCCUAGGAUCAUGGUUUCCAUUGGUCCCUCUGAUCAGGUGAUGGGAGGAGCGAUGGGUUGUGUUGUAUAUGAACCUUUCCCUUCCUGGCGUCUGACAACAGUGCUCAUAUUAGAUCACGUUUCCUUCACCUCUACAAGAGCAUAACAUGGCAGUCACAGCGUACAGUAGCAAACGUCAGUCUUAUCCAGUAUUACAGUACGUACUAGUGCCGUUUUAGUGAGAGCGUAACCUACCAGGCAACCCCAGCCUUGAACAAACCUGUUUGCUUCGCACAGACACCCCCAUAGACACUACCCAAUGGGAAACCCUCCUAGACUCACCUGUGGGUUAUGUAUGCAGGGUAAUAUGUGUGUAGCACCCCUUUACUUGUGAGCAUGUAGGGCUGUCGUGUGUUCCCAAUAACCAUUGAUUAUUCACUCACUAUUCACUAACCAUCGACUCACUCACUGCCUCACCUCCCUCCUCUCUUUCUUCACUGUCCAUCAUAAGAGCAUUUUAAUCUAGUAGACUGUUUGAACAGUAGGCUAUUUAACUCUCUUUAAUCUCUGUGUUUGUGAUGGUGUGUUUGAGUGAAUUUUGCUGUAACAAUGAGCUGUGGUGUUCUGUUCUGUUUACUUUCUCUCUCUCGACUGGUUUAUUUUCAUCAUCUGUUUUGGUAGAAGGUUUUUCUCAUAGUUUUCUUCUUGAUUUUUAUAUUUUCUUGUACAAGCAAUACGGUGGAUGGUCACUUUACCGUUAGGACACAGAAAGCCUCUUGAAUACACGCACACAUUUAUGUUUCUUGAAACAAAGGCAUACAGUCAUAAAGAUGCAACUCUGUUUAGGGCUUUGAGACUGAGGAAGCAUGUCAGGCGUGUGACGAGGGAGAUGAAGACAGGGAGACAAUGAACACUGAAAGACGUCUCCAGUGUGUUAAAACAACACUGUGAUGUGUCAGAAUAGUAGUCUGGGAAAGUUCAAGAAAGUAAUAGAGUUUGGAAGCUUUUAUUUUGAAUUCAGUACAAGGGACUUGUGGGAAGAUUAAUGAUGUGAAGGAAAGUGUCUUGGAAAUUGGUGGAGCUGUGUGUCUUUGUCUAUGUGCCUCCUGUCCUGCUUACCUGAAACUGGGAUGGAACUCGGGCUGGAAGCUCAAGCUGAUGUACUCUUGUCCCUGGAGAGACACAGACAGAAAGAAUGUCAUAGUUGAAAACGAACCGUCAAGCCGCCUGGUGGUACUGUAGUUUGAUUAGGAUUUAGAAGAGUUGUAUUUUGUAACUAGUCCUGGUUGUUGUUCCAUUUCAGUUGUUUUCUGAAGGUUCUGGUCAGGUGUUAUUGACAGUUACAAGAGGACUUGCUGAAAGACUUGUUGGAACAUUAUUAGAGGACUUGCUGAAGGACUUGUUGGAACAUUGUUGAAGGACUUGUUGGAACAUUAUUAGAGGACUUGUUGAAGGACUUGUUGGAACAUUAUUAGGGGACUUGCUGAAGGACUUGUUGGAACAUUAUUAGAGGACUUGCUGAAGGACUUGUUGGAACAUUAUUAGAGGACUUGCUGAAGGACUUGUUGGAACAUUAUUAGAGGACUUGCUGAAGGACUUGUUGGAACAUUAUUAGGGGACUUGCUGAAGGACUUGUUGGAACAUUAUUAGAGGACUUGCUGAAGGACUUGUUGGAACAUUAUUAGAGGACUUGCUGAAGGACUUGUUGGAACAUUAUUAGAGGACUUGCUGAAGGACUUGUUGGAACAUUAUUAGAGGACUUGCUGAAGGACUUGUUGGAACAUUAUUAGAGGACUUGUUGAAGGACUUGUUGGAACCUUAUUAGAUGACUUGCUGAAGGACUUGUUGGAACAUUAUUAGAGGACUUGCUGAAGGACUUGUUGGAACAUUAUUAGAGGACUUGCUGAAGGACUUGUUGGAACAUUAUUAGAGGACUUGCUGAAGGACUUGUUGGAACAUUAUUAGAGGACUUGCUGAAGGACUUGUUGGAACAUUAUUAGAGGACUUGCUGAAGGACUUGUUGGAACAUUAUUAGAGGACUUGCUGAAGGACUUGUUGGAACAUUAUUAGAGGACUUGUUGGAACAUUAUUAGAGGACUUGCUGAAGGACUUGUUGGAACAUUAUUAGAGGACUUGUUGGAACAUUAUUAGAGGACUUGCUGAAGGACUUGUUGGAACAUUAUUAGAGGACUUGCUGAAGGACUUGUUGGAACAUUAUUAGGGGUUCUGCUGAAGGACUUGUUUUGUCAGGCUGUUGGCAGUGGAACAUUCAAUGUGGCUUAUUUUACUCAUAGCAAUGUAUCCAACAAUUGCCUCCAAUUGCCUUUUUAGUGCAUGGCCAGGUAAUAUAAUGCCCAGAGCAGAAAGCCUAUGUGCAUUAUGACUUGCAGUGUUGUGGUUCAGUAUAUUUGUCCUUGGGGGCUAGUCAGUGGUGUAUCUUUCCUUAUUAUUGCUUUCUUUGCUUUAGACAGUGGGCAGGAAGAAAAUCGGGGGCUGUCAUUUUGCCUGACAAUUAUAUUGCAGUUUGGUAUAUUAUAUAAUUCAGCUAUAAGUUCAUCGUGUUUAUUUGUGUUGUAUUCAAAUGAGGACAGGACACCAAUUACGCCCUGCUAUGGAGACCUACUGAAAGUAGCACCAACACUCCAAAAUGUGUAAAAAUAAUACAAUUGACACUUGAAUCUCCUCUUAAAUCAGAGAUAUGGAAGCUAUUAAAAGCACCUUAAAGGCUUGAAUAUAUCAAAGAGGGUUCACUGUGAUGGAGAUCUGUAUUUGAUUAAAGGUAGACCUAUCCCUGGAAAUGUCUACAAUGCAUCAGGGCCCCUUAACAAACACAGUUAAGGAGCUUUGCACACUCCUGCAGAGCAUAGAACUGUAUUUAAUCUUGAUGGCCUCCCAUUUUGCUUCUUGGACCUCCAUGAAAUAUUGUUUAAGAGAUUAAUAGUGUUUUUAAAUUGAAUUAAUCACAAUCUAUUGAGAUGUGUGGAAUAAUCCCCGGAGCCAAAUGUUUUAAGAAAAACAGGCUAUACAUUUUAUUGUUAUCAACAAAGAUUUUAUUUUGAAAUUGGAGAGGUUUGUAGAUAUUGAUAUUUGAGCAGUUUUGUCGCGCAUCAGAGGAGCGGCCGCUGAGGUGGAUCGUCGUAUGGCCUCUGUUGCCACGGUCCUCGUCUGAUGGGGACAUUUCUCCUUGUGCCUGUCCACACUUUUACUAUCUCUUUCACCCCUGGUCUUGACUGAUGUUCUCUCUGAGAUCGCACACGGUUGUAUAGAAAUAUAGAUCUGACUGUUUAUACACUAUUUCGUCACAGCAACAAAAACAAUAUGAAAACAACAAUGAGGGUAAUAAGGAAGUAUAGCUUUUAUGUUCAUCUACCUUUUAACGGUUUUAAUGGUAAGGAGCAACAUUAUUAUUAUUAUUAUUAUUAUUGAGCAAGUCUGCCUUUUUUUUUUCAAGAAAAGGGCUGCUAAAGUGAAAGAAUGUUCUGGAGAUAUAAUGUACUAAAGACGCAACACUUUUGUAUAUGUAUUUAUCUUGUGUUCCCAUUGCUUCGUGAUGGUUGUGUCAGUGGGGAGUGUUAGAGGGUUUAUGGGAGGGAUAGUAGGGUCUGGUCCAGUUUGUGCAUUGCUGUCUAUUGAACAGCCUUUUGUUAACUUUCACAUAAUCUUUGUCCAUCCCCACAUAUUGUUAUUUACCUUCUUAGAUGUGAUUUUGACAUUGUAGGAUACAGUGACCUCCUUGCGUUGAUUUUGAAAACAAGAUACCUGUAACAUGAAAGGGAUUGAAACUAAUAUGUAUGAAUUGCACUGUAUAAAAUACCGUUAUAACAUGCAAGGAAGAGGGAUUAGAAAUCAGAGGUCAUAUCGGUCAUUUAGGAACAUGGUUCCCCUCGCCCUCCACACACACACACACACACACACACACAUAUGGAACACACACAAACACACACUACCCUGGAGUGUCAUGGAGACCUCCACGUCCUAACACACAGUUUUGUGUAAGACUAACAGUAGCUGUCAGGUUUGGCUUGUGUUAUGCUUAUAGCUCUCCAGUAAUGGAACGAUGAGGCCCAUAGAUGUGCUUCUACCACUAGCGCACACACUGUGUACAAAUAGAACACACCUACUUAAAAGCAUGCUGAAACAAAUGGGGAUGUGUUAGGUAGACUUUGUAAUUUGCUAAAUGUAUUUUGUUAGAUUUUUUGUUUUUCAUUCAUUUUGAAUUAAUUUUUUGGUUUGAAAUAAGUGUUUUAUUGUGGUUAAUUGUUAAUUAGUGAUGUGAUUAUUAAAAAUGUAAUAAAAUACAAAUGUUUAAGA